AUGGCCUCUCGAGAACACCCCGACGUUGGCCAAUCGCAGUCGUACUCGUCCCCAAACGCGACCCAGGUCAAUCAAGGCGCGGUGUCCUACUACACCAACCAACGCCAAUUAACCGCCGAUGAAUUGCAUCUUUCAGCAGAAUUAUCGCGCGAAGUAUCCGCUACCAACAUGAAUGAAAGUCCUGCAAAUGGGAUGGGCCAGGGUCAGGGCUUAGUCCUAGGGUCACCAAAUCCUACCUCAGGUAUCAACCGUGGGGACCCAGCCGACCCGCAGGCACAGCACCCACAGCACCUUGUACAGUUUACCCCCAGUCAACAAACUGGUGUAGACCCAAACCAUGAUCUCAGUUAUGGUGACCAGAGUGCAAGACGCAAGCGCACAAAGGUCUCAAGGGCUUGCGAUGAGUGUCGGCGCAAGAAAGUUCGAUGCGAUGCUACAUCUGAAGCCGGAGUUGAUAUGUGCUCUAAUUGUCGCCGAACGGGCUCGACUUGUGAAUUUAGUAGAGUGCCGAUGAAAAGAGGCCCAAGCAAAGGAUAUAUCAAAGAACUGGCUGAUCGAAUUAAUUCUUUGGAGAGCCAGAUUCAACCUAGUAUCGGUGGCCAGUCAGAUGUACAUUAUCCGAUCAACGAAGAAGGCUCUCCUGUCGCGCGCGGCUACCAAGAAUUCCCGCCUACAAUCGAUAACAACCUUCUUCCCAGGAAGCGUACCUAUUCUAUGUCUGAGGGCGCCACGACCGUAAUGGGGUUACCAGUGAAUCAAGGGCCUCGUCAAAUAUCCGUUGGCGGAUGGCCUACCCAGCCGCAUGGGAAGGACAACCACCCAGAAGCUUUGACGGGUAUUGACGGGUACCCUGCCCAGGGCGGUAGAGUUUCGCAACCAUUUUGGGCACAUGCGCCUUCUACGACGGCAAUGGAGCCGGCAGUAGAUGCCACCUCUAUUGAGAUAGAUGAGAAGGUGUUGGAUGUGUAUUACAACCAUGUUCACAUAAUUCUUCCUAUCCUACCGGUUUCUAGGGAUCGACUACAUGCCCAUCUUCGCCAGGCCAGCCGUCAGAUCCAGGAGGUCUUCCUCCAUUCAUUGCUUGCAGUCACUGGAGCAAGCUCUUUCCGGGAUGGAAAUCAGUUCCAAGAGGUUCAAACGUUUGAGAAAGCCCAGGACCUGUUAUACGAAUGGUUCCGUGGGGAUCCUUCUUCGCGCCCCUUGGCAGCAAAUUUCAUUCUGCUUCACACCAUUACUUUGAUGAUUUUGGAAGCAGAUCAGCGUGGCCGCCAAAAUUUCCGUGAACAGAGUGGUAUACCGAAGGCAACGUUGGUGGAAGGAGGCGUGUCUCUUGGCUAUUAUAUUGCCAAACCCCUCGGCCAACUCGACAUUAGCAACCCGGACGACGGUGACCUAGACUCUGACGGCAAUCUAGCCAGACGUAAUUGGAUUGUAAUUGGCAUUUUGUCCCGAUGGCAUAUGUUGAGCACUGCUGGCCCCGACUUUUUUGGUAGCCAUGAAAUUGCUACACCUGAGGAUAAUACAAUUGUGAAUCUUGCAACAAUGCAGCUUGCCCGGUAUUCUACCUUGCUAGCUGAACUUCACGAACUCUUCUCUGUUUCGCUCAAUAAUUCUGCCUAUGGCUCUCGUGCGUUCAAGAGAGUUUUAACUGGCCAGCUUAAUAGGCUGAGAGACAUUGAGCGACUCGAUUUUGCUAAUAUUGAUCCAUCUACUGUCAAUGCCCUCGAAAACAUUUCUCCUCUCAUCUAUUGGAGCAUACACCUACUUCUCAAACGUCACCUCUACAUCUACACCCCUGCUGAGCUGCUAUAUCCAUCGCAAGUUAUAAUUGAAAUCAUGAAUAAGCAGACUGAAGACUCCACGUCAAUUUCUUCGCCCUUUCAUUUCCAUUUUCUUGCCUUGGCGGUAAUUACUCUCCUCGAGCUUAUGGAUAUACCCGAACUUGCGAAUGACGCCCAGGUAAUUCUUGAAAAGGCGGUGGCUUUGAUUUCUCUUCGCGAAAAGCAUGCUGCAACUGCAGGUGAAUUUGAAAAGAUAUUCGCGACUCAAAAUUGGGAGAACACCAUUCAACUCUUCAUUGAGACCAGGAUUGGCCAAUAUCGACAAGGACGGAUAGGAACCCAUCAGGGUCCUGGAGCUAACCAACCACUUGGCGCGACGGAACAGCGUUCUCUCCAGCAUCUCGCUGACCUUGCCGUCGGAGCUGGUAAACCUGGCAAUGCAGGGUCGCGCCCUACAUCAACAGGGGACGUCUCUACGGAUAAUAGAGAGGCAACAUCAAAUGCUGCACCCUGUCUGGAGGACCCCAAAGAGGAUUUCCCCGCCUUUAUCGACUUUUCCGAACUGACGAAAAAGGGUUACCUUAAUGUUUUAGCAGGGAUUGCCCUGUAA